CUCAGGGCAACGGGCAGGUCGAGAACGCCAACAGAACAAUAAUGGAGGGGCUGAAGAAGAACCUCCAGGCCGCCGGAGGUAGUUGGGUCGACGAGCUCCCCAACAUCCUGUGGUGCUACAGAACCACGCCGAGGAGGGCGACAGGCGAAACACCUUUCGCCCUAUGCUACGGCUUUGAGGCGAAGGCGCCCACGGAGGUAGCCAUCCCCAGCCGGCGAGUGGAGCAAUAUGAGCCUGACACCAACGAAGAGAACAUGAAGAUUGACCUACACCUGGUUGAUGAGAGGCGUGAGCAAGCUUACGUCCGAGCAGAGAACUACCGGCGUCAAGUGAAAUCAUACUAUGACGCCAAGGUACGUUCCCGGGAAUUUCAGGUGGAGGACUACGUCCUCCGCCGAAGGGAAGCAAGCCAGCCGACAGAGGGUGGCAAGCUAGCAUUGAAGUACGAAGGGCCCUACAUCGUCAGUGCCGUGGUCAAACCCGGCACCUACAAACUUAAACGACCGAAUGGGUCCAAUGUACCACGAACAUGGAAUGUACAUCAUCUGGUGAAGUUUUAUCAGUAAUCCGAAGGAGGUGUAGACGGCGAAGCCCUCACCCCUUAACGGGUUACUGAUUGAACGCCACCCUCGGCCUCGAGUCACUUAUGAAUAAAAUCAUGUUCUGAUUUUUUCUCUGGAAUUUAAAGUAAAAACAUUAGCAGGUGCCCUCGUCGGCCACCUUAGAGCGAAAGGCUCAGGUCUGGCCGACAUGGCCCCUUGCAUUUGCAGCCUACGAGCGACAAGCUCAGGCACUCCAUUG